CCUGUCCGGCGGAAGUUGUGCUCACGGCCUUAUCACAAAAGAAAUGGCGAGCGGUAUCGGCAAACACAAGAUACUGAAUGUAGGGCCAACAGAGCCCUGGUCAGUCAGGGAGAAACUGUGCCUGGCCUCUUCUGUCAUGAGGAGUGGUGACCAAAACUGGGUGUCUGUAAGUAGAGCCAUCAAGCCUUUCUCAGAGCCCGGCCGUCCACCUGACUGGUUCUCACAGAAGCACUGUGCCUCACAAUACUCAGAGCUGCUAGAGGCCACAGAAGCACCAAAGCGUAAGCGUGGUGAGAAGGGUGAAGUGGUCGAAACCAUUGAAGAUGUCAUCGUUCGUAGGCUAACCACAGAGAGGAUAGAGGAACUGAAAAAGCUAUUGCGAGACACACAAGAACAGUACAGAAAGUUGAAGAAAGAGGUGGAUCUGAUACAGACGGGUCACAUGGACUCCCAGUUGAAGGAGCUGUGGGCAGAAAUCACACUAAAAAAGAAGCAGGAUGAGGACGAAGCAGAACAGAAGAGGAAAGCCACAGAAACAGCGUACCAAGCUCGUCAGGCAGUGAAAAACACACCUAAGCGUCUGCCAAGUGUAACUGUCCGUUCUCCUCUGGGUGCCAGCCCCCCCACCAUGGACUCUCAGGCCGACUCUUCGGCCCCAACGCCGCCCAUGGAUACAGGAGGUGUUGGCUCCGAUGACACCACCACCACUACCACCACCACCACCACCACUACCACUCACUCAGUUGCCCAGGGGGUUGGAGUGUUUCUUCCAGCGACGGAUGCUCCAGGCCCAGGGCACAAAGAUGGAGGCCUGGCCGCUUUAGUGGAUGACUCAGCACAAAAGAGACUCCUAACGCAAAAGGCAACGCCGCCACCCUCGCCUCUCCUGUCAGAACUGCUGAAAAAAGGCAACCUCAUCUCAGCCAGCCCCCGCCUGGUUGGGGAAGGAGAUUCUACUGGAACCCUCACAAAUGGAGUACAAACAGCCACCGCAGCCACUGCUUUACCACCUGGUCAUGAUGUCAUCGCAGAGGGUGAAGCAGAAGCUGCAGUGAAGGCAGAGCUCGGUGAGGAGACAGGGUUGGUAGAAGAGGACCUUGUAGCAGUGUCUUACAUGGGAGACGAACUGGACCUGGAGACAGUAGGAGACAUCAUUGCCAUCAUAGAGGAGAAGGUCGAUGACUCUGUGGAGGCCUUGGACGCAGCAGCAGUGGAAGCAGCGCUCUCUCUCUGCGAAGAGGCUGUCUCAGAAGGACACACCCUCCCUGGCCCCUGGGAGACGCAGGAACUAAAGGCUUCAGACCCAGCACCCACCGUCCAAGACUCUGAUCCCACACAGGAGCCUCAGAAUGCGGCCACAAUAUCAGCCCUGAUUCCUGCCAGCAUAGAGCCCCAGAGUCAACCAGAAACUAAAAGAGAACAACAGCUGAAGGGAAACUGUGAGGGACCUGAGGUGGCAGGAAGUGAUGUCACCUCUUCUGUCACCUCUGAUGACGGUGCAACAGGAAGUGAGGUCACGGAGGAGGGCGCGGCGGGGAAGGAGGUCACUGAAGCGACAGUCAAGAGUGAAGGAGAGGAAUGGAGCCAGCCGGAACCCAACCCGCCCUGCCUAGACUCUGAGGACAGCUCUGCGUCGGGAAAAGAGACCAAGGAGGUGAAGGAGGAGGAAGCAGGGAGUGAGGGUGACCCAGAGGAAGGGAUGGAGCUGAAAGAGGAGUGCGGAGAGGGGGAGGGUCCCUAUCUGUCAGAGGUGGAGCGGGCAGCCAGCGAGAGUGAAGACGGUUACGGCCCACCCUCCCAACGCUACACAGCAGAUUCACUGGCCAGCAGUCCGGCCUCAUCUUCCCAGCUAUCUACAUGUGGUGAGGACCAGGAGGCAGUGCAGGCCCAGAAGAUCUGGAAGAAAGCCAUUAUGCUGGUGUGGAGAGCCGCAGCCAACCACAGGUAUGCCAGUGUCUUCUUGCAGCCUGUGUCAGAUGACAUCGCACCUGGUUACCAUAGCAUCGUACACAGACCCAUGGACCUGUCAGCCAUCAAGAAGAACAUUGAGUCUGGUGUGAUCCGCACAACAGCAGAGUUCCAGCGCGACAUUAUGCUGAUGUUUCAGAAUGCCGUCAUGUACAACUCGUCGGACCACGAUGUGUACCACAUGGCACUGGAGAUGCAGCGUGACGUCUUGGAGCACGUCCAGCAGUUCCUGGCCACCCAGCUUAUCAUGCAGACCUCGGAGAGCGCCAUCUCCGCCAAGAGCCUCCGUGGCAGGGAAGGAAACCGUAAGCCUGGGGAGCCAGCUGAGAAGGACGGAGGCACCAGGGGUCGCCGUAGUGCCAUGGAGGCUGACCUCAAAAUGAAGAAAUAGAAAUGAGAUUUCAGAGAACGAGACACUUGGAGAGACAAAGAGUCACUCAGAGAAGGUGGAGCUGAAUACUUACUGGUCACUUUGGUCGUUUUCUGAAGAGGACUGUGCAGUCUUUGUGUAGACAGUCUGGAUGGGUAUGUCUGUCUGUCAGUGUGUCUGAGAGGGCUGCACAGACCUUCUUCUCCAGUUCCUAUGAUUGGUUUAUAUGCCGUGCCGUGGGCUUUCACUCCACUUUCCCCAAGUAUCAUUUCACCAGCAAAGGUAGUAGUUCAUCAUUUCCCUCUGCUGAGACAGAGUAGCGAAGAACUGUGAGACAGAGAGAGAGAGGACAUUUUCACCAGCAAACGUUUGUUUGGGAUCAAAUGAUGAAGCGCAGGAUGAGCUCUACUCGCCAGAUUUGAUCAUGUUGAAUCGUGGAUGCAUUAAUACUAGCUGAUUGAUCUGUGUGGGCAGAAAAGACACCAGACGGCAACAACAACCGGGAUGGCCACAUGACAAAUCACAAUGUACAGUUCCACAAAUUGCUAGCACUGCAUGUUAGGCUGACACCAACCAGAAUCAAGACUUCUUUCAGUUUGAUCACUGCUAAAAUGUUAGAGUGAGAUUCACUUAAGAAAAUCUGAUGAUGUCACUAAACUGGUUGUUUAUGUCUGCUUUGUUUAGUAACGUAUCAGAAGACUCCAGUCUGUUGGCCAGUACUUAAAGGAACAUACCAGUGUUUUUGCUUGUUUCAGUCUGUUUUGGUUCAUCAACCACAAAUUCCAUAUACUUUACAUUUACGCUGACCUAUUUCCAAAGCACAUUUUAGGUUUCACUACCGACCCUCAUGCAGGCGUGAGCUUCCAUUACAGCUGACAUAUGUAAUCAGUCACAGUAAACAAUUUGUUGCUUUUCAUUACGUAGAUCGCGGGUGGUAUAGAGUCUUGCAGGGGUCUGAUUUUUCCCCAGACCCGCUGUGGAACAUGCACAUAUGACCCAACCAGUCGACACAAGAUGCGCAGCCCAGCCCCAAACCACACAUCCCACAAUAACCAUGCACUGUUUAAAAAAAUUCAGUUAGACAACAUUUUUAAAUAGAUCAUUUUGGGACAUUUGAAACACGUGAAACCAGCUAAAUGUAUUUUUAAAACAAAGGUAAUUCAUGGAAUACAAUUUAAACUUAAAUUCUUUGCUCAUUUUCAAAUAGAGCAGCACGUUUCCACACUUGACUUGCCUAUUAGUGUCACACCUGAUUGAAGCAGCUCUCAUAUUCCAGACACAAAGUCAGCAGUCAGAGAAUUAGUGUUAAAACAUUGGAUAAAAUUACUUUUGCUUUCAUUUAUUUUAUUAUAUGUAUCAUCUCACACCUGUGAUCUGACCUGCAUGGUCUUUGUUUAACCCAGAAGAAAAUAGGCUACUGCCUGCAAAAUCACCUUGUUUUUAUGGGUCAGUCAUGCAAGAAAACUCUGGUGUGGUGCUGCUGAGGCCAGUUUCAGUCUCUGCGUCUGAAAAUCGACAAAGUAUGUUUUCAAAGUCCAGGAUCCAUGCUAUUAUGGAAGUGGUGAAAUGCAUAUUGGGGUUUUUUUUGGCAUAUAAAAGAUUGCCAUUUCCCAGCAGGCUUUAAAAGCUCAGAUGUCCGAGUGUCUUUGAAAGCACCAACAGAGUUUUUUAAACAGUUUGUACCUGCUUUGUCAUGUAACAAUGAUAUAACACACAGUAAGUCAACAAAUUGUUCACUUGAUGAAUCAUCUUAACCUCCACCUGUAAUGUACAAUGCAGGCGUCUCACUGAGUGUGUCAAUGGACUGAAAUGUAGGAUGUUUGUUGUUGCUGAAAUAGUAUUGAUGCAUCCCUAUGUGUCACUUAGGAUGUAGCCAGAGUGUGCUACGUAGAUAGCAUAAAAAAAAACAUGUUUGUGUAAUGUGUGUUAGAUGAGAGUACAAAAACAAGUUUUGUACCUGUGAGCUGGAUCAUGUAGAGUUUUGUGUUUGGAUAGCUGAUACAUGUAUGUGUUCUGUUGUACAUUUGUUAAAUAAAAAGAUUAUUUGAUCUAAACUUAAAGAUCA